AUGGCGGCGUGAACAAAGAUUGUUGCAAGUUUUUGUUGUUAUUUAUUUGAAAUUCUAUAAAGAGUGAGGUUUUCUCCGCGCGGUUGUUAGCAAAAAAUGGGCCUCCUGUCAGACCCGAAGUCCAGGGAGCGGUUCAGCAGGAUAGCGGCUAAAUAUAACAGUCCAUUAUGUUUCAUAGCCUACGUGGUCGGUGUUGUGUGGUUCUUGGCUCUUGCCUAUAAACCCUUUAACCACAAGACGUACUUCUCGGAGAACGCCUUACUGCCGGGACUUGUGGAGGGCAAGUUCAGGUCCGACAACAUCGCCACCAGAAUCUCCCAGGCCAUGAGAGAUAUCAAGAAUGUCAGCAGAGAUGGACCAAUGCCCGUUGCCUGGGUAGUGAACCAGUUCCAAGGCCUUGGUCUGGACACCUACACCCAGGAGUACAUCCAGACUAUCCCCGUACCUUCAGCAAGCAAGUCUAAGGAGCAGGGCAAGGACAUGUUUGUAACGCUGAACGGCACCAACGUGUACGCCAUCCUCCGCGCCCCACGGACGGCCAGUACGGAGGCCAUCGUCCUGUCCGCCCCCUACAAACAUUACAUCACCAUGGAUCACAACAACCACGCCUUCGGGCUCAUGGUCGCCCUGGCAACGCACUUCAGAAAGUCCAGCUAUUGGUCCAAAGACAUAAUUUUCCUGCUGGUGGACUAUGAUGAAAUUGGCAUGGAGGCGUGGCUUCAGGAGUACCACUACACCAAGUCACCACUUCUGAAGAGCUCCCCCCUGCACGGUCGCAGUGGGUCGAUCCAGGCAGCUAUCAACCUGGAGCUGCACACUGAGCAGGUGUCACAUUUCAAUGUGAAGCUGGAGGGGUUGAACGGCCUCCUGCCCAACCUGGACCUGGUGAACCUGGUGGUGCAGCUGUGCGGCAGGGAGAGGGUCACGGUCAAACUACAUCAACAGCACGACCCGUUCCCAUCAGAGGGCUGGCCCGCCUUCCGGCAGAACCUGAAGACCAUGAGCCUCAUGAUGCUUCACCAGGCCACGGGGAUGCCCAACGGGCUGCACGGGCUGUUCCUGCGCUACCACAUCGAGGCUGUGACUCUGGAGGGGGUCCUGGAGCCGGGACGCUCCACAACAGGUUUCUACAGAAUGGGGAGAGUGCUGGAGGGAGUUUUUCGGAGUCUGAACAACUUGCUGGAGCGUUUCCACCAGUCCUUCUUCUUCUACCUGCUGCCAGCCUCCGACCGCUAUGUGUCCAUCGGGAUGUACAUGCCGCCGUUCGGACUGAUCCUGCUCGUUUCAGCUCUUAAAGCCAUUGCACUAUGGAUUAGCAUAGGUACACCUGACCCAGAGCCUUGGGAGGGUGAGGAGAAUGUAGUGAUUGAGCGCAUCCAAUCAGGGAAGACUGAAGAUGGCCAGGGAGACGAUGCAGACUCUAAAAGUGGUGUAACAAAAAUAAGGACUCAAAAUUACUCUGAUGGGGACGUCUGGUCACUAGUGCCCGUGGUGGCGUGUUGUCAGGUGGCGGGAUUCAUCGCGUCGAUCAGUCCGAUGGUGAUGACAGGAGUGGGACACCUGUUCGGCACCAAACCCUACCAGGCCCUCAUCACAGGUGCCACAGGCAUGUUCUUUGCCAGCCUCUUCAUGCCCAAGUGCAUUACCAGGACCAGGCUAGCCUGUACUGUGAACACCCUACGGUUAUGGAAGUGUGCAGCGCUCGUCCUACAGGCGAUCAUACUGGCCGCCACGGCUGCUGCUAACUUCUCUCUGGGCAUGUUACUGGCUUUUACCAUGGUACCCGUCUGUGCUAUGGUCAGACCAGGCAAGCUGAGGUUUUUACAGGCUGUGGUGAUGCUGCUUGUCUCACCGUUUGGCCUGCUGACGAUCUACACAGGACUGUACCUCUACCUCACCGUAACAGAGUACCACGGGAUCUUCCCAUCCGCCAUCCACCUCUGCACUGUUGUGUACUACAACAUCCUGAGUGGCGUCGUCCACGGUUAUGUGUUAGGCACCUGGCAGUACACCUUGCUGGCUCUAGCAGUUUUUCCCAACUGGCUAUUCUUCUGGUGCAUUGUAUUUAAAAAGAGGGAUGUGCCAGUGAUAGAAAAUAAAGAACAUGAAAAGCUGAGUUAGAUCCAGGGGUUGGUAGAUAGAAUAUCUGUGAGCAGUGAUUUUAUGUGUAUGCUGCUUGUCUGCCUCCAGGACCCGUCCCUCCGCCCUGGGAUGGCAAUUUGCUUGUUGGGACAGACAAAAUUUUCACACUAUUCAUCCCAAAAAUAUGAACUUCAGUACUUAAGAUUAAUAAAAAUGUGUUGUCGUAAGCUUAAAAUGAUAGAUUUAGCAAGAAAAUUCAACAACAUGGGCUCCGAAAUAACGAGAGGGACGGAAAAAACAUUUAAAGCUGGAGACAGCCUUGGUAUGCUGGCUUUUCUGGAAUAUUUCUUUGAUGUAUUUUGUCAUGGUUAUACAAAAUGUAUAUGGAGGGGGUAUUAUGUUCUGUUGUGCAAUUUUUUUGGAAUGUAUGUAGAUCUACCAAUGAAAUUUUGACAGAACAUUCCAGAUUUCUUGCGACUAUUUCAGUAAGGUGACUUGAACUGUAUGUUUUUUGUGACUUCAUAUAUUUUACAUUUUUUAAGUCAUGUAACAUGACGCUUUUCAUCUUAAGCUGAGCCUUUAAGCCUUAAGGUUUACUAAAGACACAAUAUGCAGAAGUAAGGUGUUAUCAAUUUGUUUAAUUACAAGCUAUAAGCACUUUUUACAAGACCACUCUUUUUGAGUGGCCAAUGGAUCAUAAACAUAGAUAUCAGACAAGAGCUAUAUCUCUUGUAUACAUGUACCAUUGAGGACAUUAACAACACAAAGUGAGACACAUUGCCCAAGAUUUUGGAAACUAUUGGUUAAUGCUGUUUUUGUCCACUACUACGUACUAAACUGUUGACGUGCCCACCACAGGGACAGUUAUGCUUCUACACAUACAAAUGAAUUAGUAAUGUGGUGUUCCCUGUAGGUGAUGAAAAAUAACUUUUGAAUACAAUAAUAAAUGUAUUUUACAAAAUCCUGUUGACCACAGGGCAGGGCAAAAUGUACAAAAAAAUUCAACACACAACUCCAAUCACACCUUUGAAAAAAGGCUAUCAUACCGUUAAUAAUUGGAUAAGUUCUACCCUUUUGUUACCUUAUGUUUUUCAUAUGUACCAGUAGUACUACAUGUAAGAAAAAGACACAGCGAAGUAAAAACAUACCAGUCA